AAAACAAACCAUCAAUAGCUUCCUUCAAUCAACAAAAAGAGACAACUACUUAUAAACUAUGGCUCUUCACUACUACUAGUCCAUUUUCUUACACCAUUUUCGAUUUUGAUCUAACCAUUUUUCUCACAAGAGAGUGUAGCGAGAUUCACGCUGGCGGUUAAGAACGUUUCUGUUGAUGAAGAGGAGCAGCAUAGCGUCACGCUGCUGCCUGAUGUUGAUGCCGAUGUUCAAAUCCCAAACACUGCUCAUCAAAUCAGCACUGAUUCAUGGUUUCAAGUGGGGUUUGUGCUGACGACAGGAGUUAACAGCGCUUAUGUGCUUGGAUAUUCAGGAACCAUUAUGGUUCCUUUGGGUUGGAUUGGUGGUGUUGUUGGCUUGAUUCUUGCUACUGCAGUAUCUCUUUAUGCAAAUGCUCUUAUUGCUAUGCUUCAUGAAUUUGGUGGAACAAGACAUAUUCGAUACCGUGAUCUUGCUGGAUUUAUAUAUGGUAAAAAAAUAUAUUCCCUCACAUGGACUCUACAGUAUGUCAAUCUUUUCAUGAUAAAUACUGGCUACAUCAUUUUGGCGGGUUCAGCUUUGAAGGCUGUUUAUGUCCUAUUUAGGGAUGAUGAUCAGAUGAAGCUUCCACAUUUUAUUGCCAUAGCUGGACUUGUGUGUGCAAUGUUUGCCAUUUGUAUUCCUCAUCUUUCCGCUCUUGGAAUUUGGCUCGGAUUUUCGACGGUCUUAAGCCUCAUAUACAUUGUCAUAGCGCUUGUACUGUCACUAAAAGAUGGAAUAAAAUCACCAGCUCGAGAUUAUAGUAUUCCGGGGACAUCAACAAGUAAAAUAUUUACAACAAUUGGAGCGUCUGCGAAUCUUGUGUUCGCAUAUAACACAGGAAUGCUUCCUGAGAUACAGGCGACGAUCAGACAACCGGUUGUCAAGAACAUGAUGAAAGCCCUAUACUUUCAGUUUACCAUUGGAAUUCUGCCGUUAUAUUUGGUUACAUUUGCAGGUUACUGGGCUUAUGGAUCUUCAACAGAAACCUAUUUGUUGAAUAGUGUCAAUGGUCCAAUAUGGGUGAAGGCUUUGGCCAACAUUGCAGCCUUUUUUCAAUCAGUCAUUGCAUUGCAUAUAUUUGCAAGUCCAAUGUAUGAGUAUUUGGAUACCAAACAUGGAAUCAAAGGGAGUGCUCUGGCUUUUAAGAAUUUGUCAUUUCGAGUUUUGGUUAGAGGUGGCUACAUGGCUUUGAACACAUUUGUAUCAGCACUUUUACCAUUCCUUGGAGAUUUCAUGAGCCUCACAGGAGCUAUAAGCACAUUUCCUCUUACAUUUAUCCUUGCACACCAUAUGUACCUAAUGGCAAAUAAGAACAAACUAAAAUCUACUCAAAAGCUAUGGCAUUGGCUCAACAUUUCGUUUUUUGCUGUCAUGUCUGUUGCAGCAACUAUUGCAGCACUGCGGCUUAUUGCUCUAGACUCAAAAACUUAUCAUGUUUUCGCUGAUUUGUGAUUAAUAAAUUUGAUAUUCUUUCAGCUA